CUAAACAAUAGUUUAAUAAUAACAUACCAAAUAUUUUACCUUUUUUCCUUGAAUAAUAUAAAACAAAAUGGUCUCAACUGUGUCCUGGACUUCGUUUGCGGUACCCUCUACUCUGGUUAAUGUGGGCUCUGAGGCUGUUUGCAUGUUGUGCGAUAAUAAUUUAUGUUUUACCGAUUUAAAAACGAAAUCUAUAUCCUAUUACAAAGCUGAAAGUCCCCAAUUGGGUUUAAGUAUUUCCGCCAUGACGGGUCAUAAUAAAUUCUCAUUGGUGGCAUUUUCUGAAGUUGUUUUAAGACCUUCAGUUCAUAUAAUACAAUAUCCAGAUUUUACUAAAUAUGCUGUGUUUAGUACCCAAAAAAUCAUUUCCUUUGUGGAUAUACGUUUCAACGAAUACGAUUUAUUAAUAGCAAUCUCUGGUUAUCCUUACUACACUUUGUGUAUAUGGAAUUUUCGUACGGGUCAAUUACUGGUACAGCAUGACACCCUUAAAGAAUCAUUACCGAAGUCCCUUUUAUGUUCCUUCCAUCAUAUACCAGAUAUAGUACAAUUUUCCAAAUGGAAUCGUGAGAUAUUAAUAUGGGAAUUAUGUUAUUCUUCCACCGGAGUAGAUUUGCAUGAGGUGUCCAAAAUUGAGUUGAGCAAAGAGUUUACCUUGAGCGAUAUAAAUAGCAUGUGUUAUGGUGAGGAUAAUAACUUAUAUGUGGUGGAUAAUUUUGCCAAUGUUUCGAUGGUGGAAGUGGCGCAAUUUCAUUUAAAACCGCAAUGGUCUGUAACAGAUCCUUUGGAAAUGUCUACUCAGUUUAAGAGUUUUUAUCUAGAAUGUCAUAAACAGGGACUUUUGGUUUAUAGUAAUGAAAUUGUUUAUUAUUUGCGCAAAAAACUCAGCAAAUGGCACUGUGAGUGGAAGCUUUCCCAUAAUAUAAUGCCCCAAAAAGGUCUACGUAAAUGUAUAUCUAAUAGUAAUGGUGAAAUUUAUGCCUCAGCUGCUAUAGGUAACCUUUAUCAUAUAGAGGCAACGGAGGAGGUUAAACUAAAUCCAGUUAAUGUUUACCAUGAGAAUAGCAUAGAUUUUGUGCUUCUAAAGGGAGUGAAAGAGGAAUGUUUAAUACAAUUAACUACGGAUCACGCCAUAAAAGCUCUUCAAAUGUCACGUUAUGCAGAGUAUUCCAAAUUUGUAGUGCCUUUUGCUAAUACCUUGGUGGCCCAUAAUCUGGGUCCCUUUAUCAUGGUGGGCACUUCAAGGGGGAAAAUCCAUUUCCUUAAUUACUCAAAUAUUAAAGAACCUUUUCAGUUGAGCAGCAUCGAUACCCAUCAAGGUUAUGCUAUAGGUUCAUUACAACUAAUGGAUCAAUUGGCGGUAUAUCGCACCAUUUACUAUGAUUUUUAUUUGCUGAAAACCGAUUUUACUCACAAUUCAUUCUACGAAAUUGGACCCUUUCAACAUAUUAGCGAAAACGACGGCAUCUGUCAAUAUUUUCUUGGAGAAAAUAAUCGAAUUUUUAUGUUCAUCAAUCGGGAUUCUCAAAUAAAAUUGCCGCAUUGCAAUACUCUGAGUUGUUAUCACUGGCUGCCCGAGAGCAAGAAACUUAAUAUUUUAGAAUACCAAUUACCCCACACUUACCGUGAUGUGGGCGAAGUGACGGUACCAACGAAAAAUAUCGUAGAAUUUUUUGCCAUACGUUUGGAAUCUAAUGUUAUGGAUUAUUUACAAUAUAAAACGGAUACCAAUGUGUUAGUUUUAGUCCAUUCUAUUCAAACCCAUCACUUGUCUAGCAUUAACGGUAUCAUUAGUUCCCGAAAUCUUUUGACAUGGGGUGUUGAUGGUACUUAUAUCCAUUAUCGUUCGCAUAAGAAAUCGCCAAAGCCGUAUGGUAUAUGUCAAAUACUGCAGAUUAAAUAUAGGCCUAGAGUGGUGCAGAAAGUUCUGGAUUGUUUUAAUGUCAAAUAUCUGGUCUACAUGUACUCUUUGGGCGGCAUCAAAGUAAUGCGUGUAGCAUCUACCGGAAUACCCACCAUUGAAAAUCAAUUCGAUGAGGACACCCCUCUUAUCGUAGAACCCCAUCUAAGCUCAACGCAAACCAUAAAUCAAGUAACUGCUGAAGUUGUUAUCGAACAUUCAGAAGAAGAAAAACAAAAGCGAAAAAAACUUUUGCAAAAUAUUAGAGAACUCGGCAAAGAAGUGACAGAUCUCAUCGAUUAUGACAUGUCGGUGACGGGCAAGUCUCAGGGUAUAUUUAAGAAAUUCUGUUUAAAUCACAAAUGGCUGAGGCAACUCAUAAAAGAAGCAGAAAAACUAUGUGAAGCUGAACGCCGAUCUUUGGAGGCCGCCAUAGAAGAUCAAAGUCGGAUAAGAGAUUGGUUUUAUUUUAUUAUAAUGUCCACAAAUAGUGGCAUUAGUUUUAAAAUACGAGCCAUAUUCUCAAAGUUUUCUUUGGAAAAUUAUGGUCUACGUAAAAGAAAUGAUAAAUUUGCUUUGCUAUAUGAAUUAUAUAGAUUUUAUGAUUUGGAAAGUUUGGAGGCCGAAGAAACUCAAGAAGAAAUUGAGGGAAAGGAUACUAAAGAGGAGGUGGAAACUAAGGAAUUAAAGGCCAAGAAACAUUUAAAUUAUUUUGAAGUAACGGGUUCCUCGUCCUAUGAACACAUUAUGUGUGAGGAGUUGGCCAUGCAGGAUGUAAAUAUUGUUACCGCCAAUCAAAUGUAUAAUCAAGAUGCUAAAAUAAGGAUUCUCUUAACCGAUCGUUUGAAAUAUGAUUUCAAUAAGAAAUUUGAGGAAAUCAGACAAAUUAAAAGUGAACUCAUGGAAGCCAUAUUAACCACCAAUAAUACUCUAAUGCAAAUAUAUGAAAACAUGAAUUGUAUGCUGAGACUUUUGGGUAGAGAACAAUUUAAACCACCCCAGUUAUCGAAACCCGAAUGGCAAAAAGAUGAAUUUGUUAAAAGCAUAAUGGAAGUAGAUGACUCCGAAAUUAAGGCCGUCAAUCGGCGUAAAAAGAAAGCAGAAGUGGAAAUUGCUAAACGGGGACGUUUGCUGUUGUGGUCAGUGGAAUUUUGGGUUCAUGCUUUAAUUACCAUGAUGGAUGGUGUUUUGGAAAAGUUAUGGGAAGAGGAAAUUAAGAAAAAUAUACCUAUACCAGAGUUUCUAAGUAAAAAAGAACCGGCUGAAUAUACUCUAGAAGAUCAAAAGGCUUUAAGAGAAUACGAGGAAAAAUGUCGUUUAUUGGAAGAAGAUCGUAAGAAAUAUUUAAGCAUAUUAAAGGAAAAUGAGUCACAAAUCAAUGAACUCAAGACGGGAUAUAUUUUAAAAUUAAAUGAAAACGUUAGUGAAAUGAUGAUUUUGAAACUAAAAUAUGAUUUUGCCAUAAAACAUGUGCGUUUAAGAAACCUAAAUACCAAAAUAAUGAAUUUUAAAAAAUUACAAUGGCUACAGCGGAUCAAUAUGUUAAGGGAGGACAUUGAUUUAAUAACGGAAUAUGUGCACAAAUAUUCCAAACUUUCUGAGUUUUGGGCCAAGUCGGUAGAGGAUUUACGCCUAAAAGUUGACUCUUUAUUGCUAAAGGAAAAGUCCGUAGAACGUUUAUUUAAAGGUCAAUUCUUGAAUAGUAUACCUCAACAUUUGGGUCCAGAAAUGACGAAAUUAUUCAAAAAACGUCCCAAAAGUUUACCCAAACUUCUGCACUCUACUUUGAUUUGCAAGGAACUGUCUUUACGUGUUAAUACGAAGUCACAACCUAAAUUUAAUUUCCCUUUACCCAAAGAUGUAUAUGAAUAUUUGGAUGGUUUGAAUAGUUUAGAUGAAACCGGUAACAUACCCGUUUCCUUGGAAUCCAAACAUUGGGAACAAUUUGUUAAGUUGCGCAGACAAAAGGUGGAAAUGGAACUGAAAGUACGAGCUGUUAACUUGCAACUGGCAGAUAGUUGUUCGGGCAUGAAUUCGUAUGGCAGGGAAUUGUCCAAUUUGAAGAGUAUUAAAGUGGAGGCAUUGAAAAGAUUGCAUGAGGCUCAAGAGGAGUAUCUUAAAUUAGUACAAAAUCAAACUUUGGAAUUGCGAUUAACCAUGGGUCAAGUUGAGCUUAAUAUCAUGGGAUCCUUAAAAAACUUGCAGAAUUGUGUGCUCAUGCAUGAGGAUGACGUAAAUGAUAUUAAUGCCUUAAUUUUGAAAGCUGGCCAAAUGAAAAUAAAGGCCAUGCAAAGAGUGGCCUUCUUUCGCCGUCAGGUUAUCUACAAAGAAUGGGAACAUAAAGUGGUUGGCGCGAAUAUAGAAUAUUUGAAAAAUAUGCUGUAUGUUAUAGGAAAAUGUAAAGUUUCCAUUGAAUUUUUGAAUAUUCUAAGAAAUUGGAAUAAAGUAAAAGCUGAGAAGCAGAAAUUACUUAAUAGCGAGGGUCUGCUGGAAAAAGUGGCCGAAGAGAAAUUGACGGGUUUUAGAAGGCAGUUAGUGAGAUUAACUGAAAAAAUUUCAGUGGUGCGUCAACAAAUCGAUGAAAAGAAACUGGCAAAUAAACGUAUUAAUCGUCAAAUUGAGGAUCUUAAAGUGGCGGUAUCAUUUGCUCAUACAAAUCGAGAUUUUAUGAUUGAAGAAAAGAAGCGACGAGAGCAAAAUGAAAAAAUGGAGAAAAUCAAACGCCAUAGUAAUUUAAUAGAGACAGUACGUCGUGAUUAUGUUCACAUUAUGGAAUUAAAAACUAUUUUGGAAUUGCAACGUCUGCGUACUUAUCCCACACUGGGACCUAAUCCCAGUCACUGUUUGCCUUAAAUUUAUUAAACUUGCUUUAUUUUUUUAAUAAAAAUUCUUUUGAAACGAA